AUAAAUACCGCGGGCUUCCCGGAUCUUCUACAGUCUCACGGCGCGAAGAAGAAGCAGACAGCCUGGCAGCAGAUUUCACCAAGGGGGAACUGCUGUAAUUUACCCAGUACACGGAUCUAAUGGGACAACUCUUUGUAAAUGCUUUUUAAGAAUCGUCAUUCUAGAAAAUCAGACACUGGCUACUUGCAAGGCCCUGGCCUGGAGGCUUAUUUGAAAGGGUUUAACUUCACUGGUGAACCCCCUUGGCUUCUCUGCACCUGAGCAACAACCAGAAUAGAUUCUGUUGAUUUUAUAUUCCACUUCUUUGUAACAAACUCAAACACUGACCAUGAACCCUACUGCUGCACUUGACUUUUCAUUCCUGGAGGAGGGCUUUUCUGCCCGAGAUGUUAUUGAACAGAACAUCAAUGAGUCAUCCUUAACAGAUGACAGAGAUGCCUUCUAUGUCUGUGACUUGGGUGACAUCUUGAAAAAACACUUGCGUUGGGCAAGGGCCCUGCCUCGUGUCACUCCGUUUUAUGCUGUCAAAUGCAAUGACAGUCGGAGUGUUGUCACCACGCUUGCAUCAUUGGGAACAGGCUUUGACUGCGCUAGCAAGACCGAGAUUCAGCUGGUUCAGUCUCUGGGUGUGGAUCCAGACAGAAUUAUUUAUGCAAACCCCUGCAAACAAGUAUCUCAGAUAAAGUAUGCAUCUGCCCAUGGGGUCCGGAUGAUGACGUUUGACAGUGAAGUCGAACUCAUGAAGGUAGCCCGCUACCAUGACAAUGCCAAGCUUGUGCUGCGUAUUGCCACUGAUGAUUCAAAGGCAGUGUGUCGCCUUAGUGUGAAAUUUGGAGCCCCAAUCAAAGCUUGCAGAGGUCUUCUAGAAAAGGCUAAAGAACUGUGCCUGGAUGUCAUUGGUGUUAGUUUUCAUGUUGGAAGUGGUUGCACUGAUCCUCUGACAUACAGUCAGGCUAUUAGUGAUGCCCGCUGUGUUUUUGAUAUGGGGGAUGAGCUGGGCUUCAACAUGAACCUGUUGGAUAUCGGAGGUGGCUUUCCUGGUUCGGAUGAUGUGGAUCUCAAAUUUGAAGAGAUCACAGCAGUAAUUAAUCCUGCACUAGACAAAUACUUCCCUGUUGACAGUAAGCUGAAGAUCAUAGCUGAGCCUGGGCGCUUUUAUGUGGCAUCUGCUUACACACUGGUUGUGAAUAUUAUUGCUAAGAAAGUUCUCUUGGAUGAUGACAAUGCAUCUGAUGAGGAGGAUGAAGGGACCACUGAUAGGACCAUUAUGUAUUAUGUCAACGAUGGUGUUUAUGGAUCUUUUAACUGCAUUCUGUAUGACCAUGCUCACUGUCUUCCUUCACUGCAUAAGAAGCCAAAGCCAGAUGAGCCCUUGUACCCUUGCAGCAUUUGGGGCCCCACCUGUGAUGGUCUGGACCGCAUAGUAGAGCAGUGCACUCUGCCCGACCUCCAAGUGGGAGACUGGUUGGUGUUUGAGAACAUGGGCGCCUAUACUGUGGCUGCGUCUUCCACAUUCAAUGGCUUCCAAAGACCGGACAUUCAUUAUGUCAUUUCACGGCCAUCAUGGCAACAUGUCCAGAAGAUCUCAUCCCAAGGCCUUCCAACUCAAGAGUUGUGUGUGCAGGAAAUGCCAGUGUGCUGUGGCAGAGAAAGUGUUGCAGAAUUACCCACCAAAUCCUGUCAGACUCAUGUGGUCUAAAGGCUACCAUUAAAGCAGUUCUUUCAUAUUAUGGCCAGUUAUCUGACAAGGAGAGAUGCAUGUUGCACAUAUUUUUGUUCAGCAAUGGCAGCUUGAUACUGUUUUUGAACUUGCAUUUUACAGUUCUCUUUUCAUUUUAAAAUGAGACAUUUUGAUGCAAAGGUUUUAGUAACUUUCUUUAGAGACGCUAAGUACCUGAUAUUUUAAGAAAUGCAUCUUUAACUUGUGUUUCUAAAUAUCAGUAUGAACUUCAGUCUUGUAUUCUUAUACUGACGCAACAGGCACUCAAAGCAUAUGGUUACUCUCCUUUAUUUAUCAUUUUGACACAUUAGGGUUUAAAAAUUCAAUGUUAAAACACAGGUGGAUAUGAAAGAUACAGGAUUGCACAUUCAUUUUGCUUUCCUGUGGAAGCUUGUUAAAAAGGAAAAAAAAACUUUUGUAUUUUUUUAAUAAAAUAAAACUGUAGAGACAGCCA